AUGGCGCGUGACAUUGCGCCGGUAAAAAUUAUGUUUUAUACAACAGCAUCAUUGUUGAUGAGUGCCGGUCUAUAUCCUCCGAUCGUUUCGCUGCACCUCGGUUCGACACUCUCGGCGGACGACAUCAAGGACGGAGACGAUGUGUACUUCGAGUGUCACGUCCAAGCGAACCCUCCGUGGAGGAAAUUACACUGGCUACACGACGGUGUGCUAAUCACCCACAAUGCGUCCGCAAGAGUCAUCCGGUCCAACCAGAGCCUGGUGCUACAGAAGGUAAACCGUAACUCGUCCGGAAAUUACUCGUGUAGCGCAAUUAACGCCGAGGGCGAAACGGUUAGCAAUCAUCUGGUGCUGCGAAUCAAGUAUGCACCCAUGUGCGCCACCGACAAAAUAAUCAUCGUCGGGGCAUUCCGCAGCGAAUCGCUGCACAUUCCCUGCGAGGUCCAUGCGGAUCCGCCCCCGCGGCAGUUCAACUGGAAAUUCAACAACUCAGGCGAAACCCUCGAAAUCGGCAAAGAACGGUUCGCGAAAAACGGGUCAAUGAGCAUCCUGAGCUACACGCCGGUUUCGGAUCAGGACUACGGUACCCUGACCUGCUGGGGACAGAACGAGGUGGGCCAGCAGCAGUGGCCCUGCUUCUACCAGGUCGUCCUGGCCGCGUUCGGUUCAGACAAAGAUUCGCGAGAUCCGAAAGAGCGCUUGAGUGAAUCGUUGAAGAGUGCAUCGCGAUUGAGUGAACGAGUGGAUUUAGACCAUCCUUGUUUGAAAUUACCUACAGUAUAG